AUGUUGAAGUUCGGCUUCAUCUUCUUGUUGCUCAUCAGCGCCUACCCGCCUAAUGUCUGGGCUUUGGUGGCAAGCAGUCGGGCUCGUCGGUUCGCGGAGGACGAAGCCUGUGAAAUGCGGGCUCUCGUCUGCUACACGUACGCCUGGAUGACCGCCAAGGGAUUGCCGCACGACCCGCCAACGGCUCUGGAGAAAAAGUGCAAACCAUGCGUACCCGCGGUCUGUGCCACGCCUCCUUCCUUCACUCCAACCACCGUUUUCUGGUCCACCAUCUUCUGCGAUCCUACAAAUUACUUUUGCACGGAUUUUCCCACCGAGGGUGUCGCCGUACAGCCAACCUGCAUCAAGCCUGUCGCCUUUGCAGUUCAAGUGGCCGGUGGAGUGGAGAAGAAGCACGUGCUGCUGGCGUUCAACAUCUGCACAAGGGAGAUGCUAGCCAAGGAAACUUGUCCCCUUGAUCUACUGAGUCGCGUACCCUAUAACCCAAAGUCCGUCGAUAUCAGCCCAGCGUUUUACGUCCAAUGCGACGCCGGAUUUCUGCCAUUGUUCCGCCUACGACGUGACGUCGACCCCGCCAACAUCGACUACAAAUACCCGAGAUGCAUCGAAUGGAAGGAUCUGAAGGAUGAGCAGGCGGCGCUCGUGAAGAACGACUACUUCUUGGACUGUGCUACGAAUCCGUUGGUCGCCCGCUACCCCGACGACGCAAGCCUUCGCGCGAUUCCACGCCCGUGCACCGACGUCGACUCGGAAACGGAGCUCUGCAUCGUCCCUCCCACCACGCUGGUGCCAGCAACCCCGGAAGUGGCGAAUAACACGAAAUAUUGGAAGAUGUAUCUGAUUGCUGGCGGAGCGGUGUUGAUGGUUGUCAUCGUCGGUGGUGGCUUCACCGUGGGCUUCUUCUGCAAGCGGAAACGUGGUCGCGCGAAGAUAACAGACGCAGAGGACCCUCCCGUGACGCCUUCACCGGAUGGAGGCUCCGAGAAGGAUAGCAGCGCCGACGUCGAGGCCGCUUCACCAGCUUCCACCGGAGGAACAGGCGUCGAGAAGGCGAAGGAGGGCGUUGGCGCUGGAGUCACGGAUGCGCCCAAAGCCGAUACGGGUGCUUCGGCUCCUGGGGCCGGGCAGCCAGCCGAGGGCCAAAACGUGCCCAGCAACGCCAGCGGCGAGAACCAGGAAGAAGCCCCCGGCGCCGAGGUCGUCGAUCCGAAACCUGCCAGUGCUUCAGCCCCGAAUCUCGUCCGAGGAGCGCGGCCGUUGCCCCGAGAACCGGAGGAGAGGGUUAGCCGCCGGGACAUAAUCCGGCGCAAGGCAGCGAGGGCUUUUUCCGCACCGCAGUGCCGCGUGCAUCCAUUAAUCGACUAUGAUCACCGUGACGUGGUCAGGAAAUGGGGCAUAGCCAUGUUGCAGUCGGGGCCUGCCUAUGCUGUAAAGCAGUUCUGCAAGAACAAACGG